AUGUGCACUGCAUCCGCUGCUGCGGUGGCUGCGGCUGUAGCCGCAGAGAGGCUCCUCUACGAGCGGCUCGACGAACAAUCAGCACUCUCUUCAGCCAGGUUGCAAUGCGAACCACACACCGCCUCGUGCGUUGGCGCAUGCCGCUGCUGCAGGCUCCUCGCUGGUCAAAUUUUAGAGGCCUUAGAGUACUAUGGAAUCUCCCCAAGGCGACAGCAGGAGCAGGAGCUCCUCAGCGAGGAGCCGCGUAUUGGUUUGCUGCUGCCUGUUUCCCCGAUUUCCAUUGCCGCGCUUGCUGCUGUUGCUGCGAUUGGGGGCGUCGCCGUGCCUCUGCCCUUCCCGGAUGCAGCUGUUGCUGCAGAGACGGCAGCAGCAGCGGCUGCUGCUGCAGGUGGAGUGGCGGCAGCGGGGGGAGCAGUCGCAAGGCCCCUUGCCGCAGCUCGAGAAGAAGCAGGGGGAGAGGUCUUCAUCACCAGAGCCAACGCUUUCAACAGCAGUCUUCUUGCCACCAGCAAGUCCUUGCGGCUGCUGCAGCAGCAGCUAGCCGAGACAAGGGUGCAGUUGCUGCUCGUGCACCCUGCUCUCGCUGCAGCUGCGCAGUAUUUGUGUCACCAGUUAGGCAUGCAUGCAUGCAUCUGCAGCGCGAAAGCUCUCACCGCAACGGAUGCGUGUUUCUCGCAGCAGCAGCGGGCAGCAUCAGCACCAGCUCGGCUGUUCGUGAUGCGAGGGCCCCUUUAUACGCGAAGUCUCGCGGUUCGCACCAAAUGGCUGCCCAUUCGCAGCCUCAGGGGAGAAUCGACGGAAAAUCUGCGAGAGCUGAGAGAGGCGCUUGCUGCUGGAGGCGUUGGCAACAGCGAGAGCAGCAGUGUUAGCAGCAGUGUGAGCAGCAGCGCGAGCGGCAGGGUUAGCGAAAACUCCUACGCCUUGUUGCUAGAUGCGAGCCGCUGCUGGGGCAUGCCACGGACUGUGAUUUUGUCUGCAUCAGCAUUGCGGCAGCAGCUCCAGCGCAAUGCGGAGCAGCUCUUCUCAAAAUUACGGCCGGGAGAUGCUGCUGUUGUAGCCGCUGCUCCGGAAGCCGUUGUAAAGUCGAAGCUGCUGUUAGCAGUGGUGUUGCCGCUGUUGCGGCGGCGAGCCAGUGUGCUCCUGCUCACCAGGCAGCAGCGAGAGGCGAUGCCGCUGCCGCUGCGAGUUGCGCUGCAGCAGCAGCCGGCUGACGCAGCGGCUAAGGCCCUUGCUGCUGAGUUACCAGAAGCGCGGGCUGGUGCAGUGUGGAAGCUGCUGCUGCAGCAGUACAAGCAGGAGCAGCAACAGCAAAUCCCUACUACACUUGUGAUGGACCUUGAAACUGCCGAGGCGAUGCAGGCCCUGUAUGAGCGUGCAGCUGCUGCAGCGACAGCUGGCGCAGCAGAGGAGGCAACGUUUGAGGCCCCUUCUCCUGCUGCAGAACUAGCUGCUGCAGCACACCGGAUUAUCCGUUGCUGUUGCGUCUGCACGGACGAAAGUGACCUUAUCUCGCGGAUUGAACAGGUGCCCGUUGAGCUCCGCGGUAGCGGCGAAAGCGGCUCUGUCAGUGAGGGCCCCUUCACGUCACAGGCCAGACCAGCAGCGCGUAUUGCCGCAGUUGUGAAGUGGUUGCAGCGGUUGCUGCCAGCUACUGCGGAGGUGCAGCACGCGUUUUCUGUCGCCGAAGUGGGCGUCGUAGCCUUCCAGAAGGAGAAGGGUCUCGCUACAGAGGCAGCCGAGCAAGCCUCCUACCUCGCGAAAGAGGCAGCUGCAGCAGCAGAGGCGGAAGAGGGGGUGUUUGUAGGGCACCAGAUGCCGGGGACAAAGGCGGAGGUGGGCGACGGCGGCGUGCUGCUGUUCAGCAGCAAUUGCAGCAGCAGCGGCUACUUUGGACGCCGUGUGGCUACAGCCGAGGCUUUCGGAUCUCCGAAAGGCCAAUUUAAUUCGUUUUUCCGCUCUGCCAUUUUGGGCGAAGUAGGCCCCUCGGGGGAGAUCCGAGUUCAGGGGAGCGCAUUCAGCGCAGAGCCGCAUGUGCAGCGGCCGCUGCAACAACGGCUGCAGCAGUGGCAGUGGGGUCUUCCUCGAAUGGAGCGCCUUAUCGAGGGGUACGUACACAAGGUCCCCAUAACCGGGAGAGAAUGGGGAAAUUACCACGCAAAGAAGAGACACUGGAGGCGCAUCUUCUAG